AUGCUCGGCGUCGCAUCCUUCGCGGGCGGCAUCGCCGGCUUCACCUUUGCGCGCUCCGUGCCGUCCCUGCUCGGCGGGCUGGGUAUCGGGUGUCUCAUGUUCGGCGCGGGCAUGCGUAUCCGCGAUAACAUGAAGGGCGGGGAGGAGCUCGCCGCUGCCUCGUCGGCCGCGCUCGCGGUGCCCAUGUUCCGACGCGCAGUCAAGACGCGCGGAAUCGUGCCCAUCGCCAUGGCGCUCGCGUCCGUUGGAUCCGCGGGAUUCUACUCGUUCCUCGCCGCGGAACAUUACCAAGAGGCCAGCGCGCGCAAGGCGGCGGUGUCGCGCUGA